UUGAACACAACUGGGUGGGAACGUUUAACAGACAGCCUCGUUUUCUCACCGGAUCGUUGUUAGUUGUCGAACCAACCAGGCAAGCGGGAUGGAAGUAAGGGAUGCCAAUGCCGCUAUGUUAAGCAACUAUGAGGUCUAUCAGUUGCUGACAGACCUGAAAGAAAAAAGAAAGGAGAUGGUUAAAAAUAAGCACAGCACAGGACAGCAGAAUCUCAACACCAUCAUGUAUGAGACCCUGAAGUACCUCUCCAAGACGCCGUGUGCUCAUCAGAAUCCAGACACUGUGAAGAAGUUCCUCACUUCAAUGCUGCCUCACAAGCUCACUAAGUAAGUUACAGAAAACUUUCUUUU